AUGGCUACAAUGGACCAAAUCUUCGCGGGCUACCGCGACCGCAUGGGCGUUCUAGAAGCCACCUACGACAAGAACCCUUUCGCCAGAGGUGUUUCCUGGAUUGAAGGAGAACUCGUCCCAGUCAACGAAGCUCGCAUACCGCUAUUAGAUCAAGGUUUCAUGCACAGCGAUCUAACCUACGACGUACCAUCUGUUUGGGACGGACGCUUUUUCCGACUUGAUGAACAUCUCGCCCGGCUACAAACCAGCUGCAAGAAGUUACGGCUUCAGUUACCUUUUCCUAAGGAAGAAGUCAAGAGAAUCCUAGUUGACAUGGUCUCCAAAAGCGGAAUCCGAGAUGCCUUUGUCGAGCUCAUUGUUACCCGCGGACUGAAGGGUGUUCGUGGCUCUGAGCCGGGUGAAGUGUUCAAGAAUAAUCUCUACAUGUUUAUUCAACCUUUUGUGUGGGUGAUAGAGCCUGAGAUGCAGCCUACCGGAGGAAAGGCUGUUGUCGCGCGGACGGUGAAGCGUGCCUCUCCCGGUUCAUUUGAUCCUAAUAUCAAGAACCUGCAGUAG